AUGGAGAAGUGUGACCUUGCAAUUUCCAAAUGGAUGAUUGAUGCUGGUGUGCCAUUUAAUGCUGUUAAUUCAUCAUAUUACCAACCAAUGAUUGAUGUUAUUUGUAGCAUGGGUCCAGGGUAUAAAGGUCCAAAUUUUUAUAGAGUUCGUGGUCAUUUGUUAAAUAAAUGGGUUAGAGAAGUCAAUAAACUUGUUGAGAGUUAUCGCACUGUUUGGAAGCAAACAGGAUGCACUAUUAUGACAGAUGGGUGGACUGAUCGUUGUAGGAGAACUCUAAUCAAUUUUCUAGUUUACUGCCCAAAAGGAACUAUUUUUCUCAAGUCGGUUGAUGCUUCUAAUGCUUCUAAAACUGCAGACUUAUUGUAUAAGCUUUUUAGAGAUGUAGUGUUGCAUGUUGGCCCUGAAAAUGUUGUUCAGAUUGUGACUGAUAAUGCUGCAAAUUAUGUUGCUGUUGGAAGAAAAUAUACAGGUGGAAGGGAAAUUCUUCGUCCAGCUCCUACUCGUUUUGCCACUAAUUUUAUUGCAUUACAAAGCAUAUUGGCUCAAAAAGAUGCAUUAAGGGCUAUGCUUACUGAGCCACUUAUUCGUGUGUUACGUAUUGUUGACAGUGAAAACAAACCUGCCAUGGGUUUUCUUUAUCGAGCUAUAUUUAAAGCUAGAGAGGAGAUGAUAAAGAGAUUUCAAAGAAACAAGAAGAAGGUGGAGCCUUACUUGCAAAUCUUAGAUCGUCGUUGGGAUUCACAGCUUCGCAAAAAUCUUCAUGCUGCUGGUUAUUGGUUGAAUCCAGGUUGUCGUUACAAUGAUGAAGAAUUUGAAAAACAUAAGUUCACAACAUCAGGCCUUUUGGAUGUCAUUGAGAAAUAUGCUUAUGGGGAUCCUGAUUUAAAUUCUAAGUUGACAAGUGAGAUGAGAAUUUUCAAAAAUGUUGAGUUAGAUUUUGGAAGUGCUUCGGGUUGUGAACGCAAUUGGAGUGCAUUUGAACAUAUUCAUUCGAAUAAGAGAAAUAGAUUAGAGCACCAAAAGCUUAAUGAUCUUGUCUAUGUCCGUUACAACUUGAGGCUGGCACAAAGGAAUCGAUUGAAGAAUCAAAACUAUGAUCCAAUAAAUUUUGAAACAUUUGAGGACCAUUCUAAUUGGGUACUAGAGGAUUCACCACCAUACUUAACAGCUGAAGAAAUGGAAACCUUACGGAAUGAGCUUGCAAAUAUGUCCACUCAACCAACUCUAGAUGAUAAUGAUGAGGCACAAGACAACAUCAUGGAAAAUGCAAAUCAAACUGAAGGCAAUGUUGGUCAAGCUUUGGAUUUAUUUGAUGAAGGAGGAGAGGAUGAAUUAAUUGACACAACUUUGCCUCCGUGGGCAUAA